AUGACUCGGCAUCUCUUUGGAGGAAGAAGCUCCCCCGGCUGCUCAAAUUACGCUCUCAAGAGGACUGCCCUUGAUCACGGCCAUGAAUUCACACCCAAUGCGAGGGAGACUGUGUGUCGAAACUUUUAUGUUGAUGAUUGUCUGAAGAGUGUAGCCAGUGUGGAGGAGGCUGUGGCAAUUGCUACGGAGAUAGUGGCUUUGUGCAAGAAGGGUGGGUUUGAGUUGACAAAGUUCCUAUCCAAUUUAAGGGAGUUUUUGGGUGAAAUUCCAAUGGAAAUUCACGAUCCCUCGCUCAAACCCUUACAACCAAAGCCAGAGCUACCCACGGAGCGUGCCCUAGGCGAGUUGUGGAAUAUCGAGGACGAUACGCUGGGAUAUGCGGUGCAAGUGAAAGAAGAACCUGUGACCAAGCGAUCUAUACUGGUUGUGAUAUCAGGAAUCUAUGACCCAAUUGGUCAUUUAAGCCAAUGGAGUUUGGGCGAGCUGUAUCAUUUGAACUCCACACAUUCGCCAAUGGCUCAACAAAGGCCUAUGGAGCAGUCUCAUUCCUCCGCUUGGAAGAUGAACAAGGCCAAGUUCAUGUCGGAUUUGUGGCUGGAAAGGCCCGUGUUGCACCAACUAAGCCAACGACUAUUCCGCGAAUGGAACUAG